AGGCUUACUCACUCCUAAAAGGCUGAAUGACACCAGAACAGUCAUUAGCAAUGUGGCCCCAUCUGCAAACCAAAAACAGAACACAUUUUAUUAUUUAACUUGGGACGCUUCUGCCAUAUUUGAAGUGGAUUUGGCUCCAAAACUUGCCAGAUGAUGUCAGUGCUCCUCCCACAUUUUGUGUAAAAUUCCGAGCCAGGGAAAGCUUUAAGUUAGUAAUACUGAAAGCUUGACCAUUUGGAACUGCUUCUUCCUCAGAAUCCCCCGUUUGCUCACAGAACACAGGAAGUCAGAGAAAGAAAACCCACAGCACACGCCUUCCUGUACUUCUACGUCUAUUAGUGUUCAAAGUCUGCACAAUCCAACGCCAUCUUUCUGACUGAGAGGCAAAGUACGUUAUUCUUCUGACUGAAAUGUGGAGUUCUUGUUCAGUUAUGAAACGAGAGUGCUGAAGUCAGCACAUUUCUUUAAAUGGGUCUGCACAGUGGAGCUGAUCGAAGGAAGCGAUGAUGGAGAGAACAUCUGGGCAAGAAGUGGAAAUUGGGGACAUGCCAGGUUCACUGCUAGAGGCGAAAGAUGAAUGCGGUCAACCUCCCACAGCCACUGUCCCUUCGCCGACGUUACCGUUUCCAGGUAUCAGCAUCCCAGAUAAACUCAUCAGGACUUGUCCAGUGUGGCUUCAGCUCAAUACCAGGAAAGAAAAAGUCACAGAAAUACUCCAGCGGGAGCCACCAGGGAGAUUCAUGGUGAGAAAAGAUUGCACCCUUUCAAACAUGGUACUUUCAGUGAAUUUUCCUGGACUUGGUGGAAUCCCUAACAUUCAAGAUUACUCAAUAAAGGAAGAUAAAUCAAUUAUGUAUUUGGAUGGCUCCUUAUUGGCUUUUGAAGACAUCUUCAAAAUGGUGACAUUCUAUUGCGUGAGCAGAGAUAUACUGCCAUCAACACUGGUUUUGCCACAAGCAAUAGCAGAAGCAACAAAUUCUGAAGAGUUACAAGUUGUUUCGCAUCUGGGAAUAGAUUUCUGGAGUUCAUAUUUAAACAAACGAUGUCAGGAAGAAACUUCUCCAGCUUUGAAAGACUUGAAUACCAUUAACAACCAGACUCAAAGCCUUCAAGUGACUCCGAAUUUGUCUGCUGAUAAAAAGCAAAGUUCAUGUGAGACUGAGUUGUCAGCAGGAAAUGACAAAUUGUGGUUUGUCAAUCCUGUGUUUAUAAAAGAAUAUUGCAGCUCUGUCCCUUCAGCAGAACCAGCAGGAGACCAGUGCCUGAGCUCUACAAAUAACAUGGAUCUAAAAGUGAGGAGACCUCCACCACUCCCUCCCCGGCCAAAGCCUUCAGAACUGAUUGCUGCACUGUCUGAUAACUGUGGAGAUAGAAGCCAGUCAUUGUAUGACAAAGCGUUCAAGGAAAAUGAUGACACAGUUAAAAUUGGAACGGAGCAUGUCGAGUUAAUCAAGCAGAUUGAGGCCUUGCCACAGGCCAGAAGAGAAAUCGAAAUCAAUGUGGACAAUAUAGAAACUCCAAUCCCCAAGUUCCCACCAGUCCCACCAAGGCGUCGGCCAUUGGAAAAGCAAUCUAUAGACCUUGACAGCAGCCAGAGUGAAGAGAAAAGGAAGGAGCCUGAGGAAGUGAAACAAAGCGUUGAUAACACAGUGAAUGAUAAGCCACUAGUCGAAGACUCCAUCAAAUCUACAGCAAACGAACAGCGGGAGUUGCUGAGUGACAAAUUGCAGAGUAUUGAUCAUCUGAACAACAGCACAUCAGGCAGGCCCAAUACUGAGCAAUGGAAACAAUCAAGUCAGUCUACACCUAUUGCACCUCCAAGAAAAAAAAAGUUAUCCACCCAACUUGCCAAGAAAGACGCCAAUCAAGAACACACUACCAGAGGUCAGGAAAACAAAGUGUCAAAGAUAGUUAAGUUAGUUACAAUAAAGGAUCAGUCAGAAGAUGCCUCUGACUCCUCGGUGCAGAGUGACUAUGUGCAAUCAUAUAACUUAACUGAUUUGAAAAUAACUGAUGGGUCAUUGUACUCUCCUGAAGGUAACAUACCCAAUCCCAUUUCAGAAGUGGAUUCUUACUCCACCAGCAGCACAGAAGAAGAGCAAGAUCCAGUGCACACUCAUUCACAAACUAGAAAGCAACGCCACUCUAUGAUGUUGGACAAAGCAAGAAACAGACUGUCGAUUGUGACGUUAAGCAAUGUUUUGAAUGCUUUCCGCUCAACAGACAGGAAAAUUCAGAAGAAAAUAACAGAACUGGCUCAAGAGAAGGAGUCCUAUUUUGGUCACCUGGUCCAGGAUUACAAAGCAUACACAUUGGAAGUAAUGCAGAAUCAUACUUCUAGCACCGAAAUGUUGCAGGAGAUUCGGCAGAUGAUGACGCAGCUCAAGAGCUAUUUACUACAGAGUACAGAGCUGACCUUAAUGGUGGAUUCAUCUUACCAAUCUGAAGAAAAACUGGAAGCUGUUGUGGAAUCAGCAUUGUGUAAAUGUGUUCUCAAACCAUUAAAAGACCAUAUCAACAUGCAGCUAAAGGAAAUUCAUUCCAAAAAUGGCAAUCUGAAGCUUUUGAAAGAGAACCAACAGAUUGUGCAAAACACAACCACCACUGAUUUGGGUGUAACUACCAGUGUACCUGAAGUUAGCCUCUUGGAGAAAAUACAGCAGAAACUGAGUACCAUGCACCAAGCUUAUUCACCAGACAAGAAGGUCACUUAUCUGCUCAAGUCGUGCAAACUGAUUUAUGAUUCGAUGUCAGUCGGAAAUACUGCAAAGCCACAUGGUGCUGAUGAUUUCCUCCCUGUGUUGAUGUACGUGCUGGCAAGGACCAACCUGACAUCAUUGCUUCUAGAUGUGGAAUAUAUGAUGGAGCUGCUGGAUCCAUCAUUACACUUAGGAGAAGGAUAUUAUUACUUAACAACAACCUAUGGUGCCCUAGAACAUAUCAAACACUAUGACAAACACACUGUCACUCGCCAACUUAGUCAUGAGGUCCAGGACUCAAUCCACCAAUGGCAUAGAAGACGAACCCUGAACAUGAAACAAACAUCUAGGUCAUCCAUGCAGGAUUUCCUGAGCAUACACUUUUUAGAGCUUGGAUCUAAUGUCAAAACAUUUGCCAUAAGCUCAGAGACAACCGCAGAGAAGCUGUCCAGUCAGUGCGCCGAAAAGUUUGGCAUCUCAGAGACGGAGGACUACUGCUUGCAUCUUGUUGUGGAGCAGAGGAGCCAACAGCUUGCUACUGACGCGAUGCCUCACUACCUCAAGAACAUCCUUCACAAGAGCCAGCCACAAAAGGACUAUUAUUUUGUAUAUAAGCGGAUUGACCUGUCGGAGCAAGCAACAAACCCACCAAUAAAGAACCUCCCGGCCUUUUGACUUUCUUAUAAUAAAGUGAUAGAGCUGCAUUAUUUUUCUGAGAAUUAGGAGAGGAAGAGGAUGCAGUAUUUUGCAUGAAAAUGCAUGGAGACUAACACGAAAGCCGGAAAUCCUGGAAACUCGCAGCAGUCCAGUGAGCAGUUGAAGGGGUGAUCUAACCCUUUACCAAGGCUUCAACUUAUUUUUCUUGUUAGCUUAGGAAAUAUCAAAUAUUUCUGGGUUUUUCUUCUCGAUAUUUUUUAAUGUUUUUAGAACAAUACUAUUUAAACAUUUUGUGUGAUUACAUUUGUCUUUGGGGCACUACUUCACUGUUUCCUGCCUCCAUUAUUGUAAAAGGAAGCUCAGUGAAGGGAUUAUUUGAGAGUCUGUCAAAGGUAGACUUGAGUGUACUAAAACUUAAGGAACGGUGUGAGAAACACAUGUUUGAAGCUAAUUUUAUGGUUGCCUCAAAGAUUUUGGCUCAAUCACAGAAAAUGACAGCCCGGCUAAAGUCUGUGGUCUUUACAGAUAUGCAGUCCCAGUCCUGUCUUUGUUAGUGCUACAGGGAAUGGCUGUGUGAUCAUCCGGCAGUGAAUGAUCAUCUGAUCCCUGGAGAGAAAUCUGCUUGUUUGAGUGGUAAUGUGUCUAGGUGAGCAGUAAUGCUAACAUGUCAGAUAAGAAAGUACCUUGUGGUCUGCUGCUAGCAAUGUGAGUCACAAAGUAUUCAUAGCUUAGUGAGAAACAAGAGGCCCAAGGCCAUAAAUGAAAUUUGAAUCAGAGGAUUAGAAAUAAAAAUUGAGGCAUUGCUGGAUUUGCGUGCACAUAGGUGAUGAGUGGACAGAAUAAGGUACGGGAACGUAGAUUUGAAUGAGUUAUUGCUUUUUGAAACAUGGGAGAUGGUAGGUUAGUCAGGAGAGAAUUGGCUUUGUCAAAUCUGGGUUUAACCAGAUAUUGAAUGAAGGUGGCAGAUAUGCUCAAUCAGACAGAGAUGGCCAUUGUUGUAUAGUUAUGUGUGACUACAUUUUGUCAACCCUGUUCUAUUACGGUAUUUCACAUGUUUUUGAACAAGCAAUGACCAAACCAUCACUUUUAAAAUCUAAUGCAAGGUGGCCAUGCACACGUAGCAAAGUUAUGAAUUUCACUCGAUAGUAUUGGAUUGUAAAUAUUAGGAAGCAUCUUUUGCUGAAAGUAUUAUCAAACAACUCUCUGAUAUAAAAACCAAAAGCACUGCGGAUGCUGUAAAUCAGGAACAAAAACAAAGUUUCUGGAGAAGCUCAGCAGGUCUGGCAGCAUCUGUGGAGGAAUAAACAGAGUUAACAUUUCGGGUCCAGUGACCCUUCCUCAGAACUCUCUGAUAUGUUUUUUGCUGUCUGUUUAAAGCAAACAAAUUAUUGGAAUGAAUGGCAUAGGCUAUGGAUAACCUUUUCACAAUGUCAGCUAUUCAGCUGUUCCAGAGUCAGCAAACAUCACAAGGUGCAUUAUAAAGGGGGAUUAACACCUGGAACAGGCAGCACGCUGACCAUCCACAGGAGAUCCCCUUUAGAAUGGUGCUGGCUAAAAUAUUGGCGGGGGCCAAGUUGUCAGACCCCAGUUGAGGUUGUUGCAGCAUUGUUAAUAUCCACUUCCACAAUUAAAAUCGACCCCUAUCAUUAUGAAAAUGUAAAAGAAGUAUGUGACAAUUGACCAUCAAUAUUUGUCUCAAACCUCAGUUUGUGCAUUUCUCAAGACAGGAUAAUGCAUUGCACAUGCAGCGAGAUUGCAAAAUGCACUGAAACAGAUGGGAAAGUGGUUGUAUACUUCACAUGAUGGUGGGGUGGGUGUAUACUGUAAGCAGCGGGGGAGUCAGUAUAUACAUGGGCUGUGGGUAUGUACUGUACGCAGUGGGGCAGUGGGAGCACACACAAUGGGGAAUAGGUGUAUGCUGUGCAUGAUGGGGGAAUGGUUGUAAACACAAUGGGAGAGUGAGUGUAUAAUGUACACAAUGGAGUGGGUGUAUACAUGACGGGGGAGUGGGUGUGUACUGAAUACAGUGGGGGAGUCAGUGUAUAGGUGGUGGGGGAGUGGGUGUAUACACAAUGGGGGAGUGGAUGUACACUGACAAGAUGGGGGAGUGGCUGUAUACACGAUGGGAGAGUGGGUAGAUAAACCUUGGGGGAUGUUGUGGGUAUGUGAUGGGGGAGUGGCUGUAUACACAAUGGGGGAGUGAACAUAUACUGUACACGUUGGGGGAGUGGGUGUAUAUGACACAUGAUCAUCUGUUUUGCGAUUACCAAAGUAAAUUGUGCAACAAAACCUCUGCUGCAUGUAGCUUAGGCACUAAGUGUUAUACAGCUAAACAGUAAAGAGUACAAAAUCUUGAACCAGAUGAAUUAGAUCACAAGUUGAAUGAUUAAUAAAAUAUAUUUCUCAGGCACUGGUGUAUGCAUUUUCUAUAGAAUUAUUAUUGUCUACAGAAUUAAAGAAUCAACUGAUUACUUUUUAUUAUUGGUGAUCACUGGUGAAGCCGAUGCAAAGAUGCGUACUAUGGCAUAAUUCUAAAAUUUAGUAACCCACGGUAACAAGUCAGUAUUUCAAAUAAUAUGUCAUUCAAAGGAGUUUUAAGCAACAAUAAAAGGGCUGACAUUUAUUGUAAAUGUAUGUUUCUCAUAUGUGUAAGCAAGUAUGGCUCCAGAAUGUAGCCUUCAGUUUUACUGAGACUUUAGUUAAUUUUUUGUCUUAAAUCAUUGGUGGUUCUUCAAGGAAAUGGGACUUAAAAGCAAGCAAAGAACCUCUGACCAAAUGUAAAAUUAAUGAAUUACAGAUAUUGCAAAUUUGUAUUGUCAACAAAGCUGAUCUCAUUUCAUGAGUGUCGAUCUGAUAAUGUGCACCAGCGUUUUUAUACCAAGUACCUGAUGUGUCAUUUUCCUUCAUUCAUGGAUCAACCCUGUCUUCUUGCAGAGAGAUCCACUGUAUUUCAUUGUUUUAUCCUGGGAUCAAGCAAUUAAUCCAAAGGUAAAGAGACCGCCCCAAUAAUGAACUAGAAGUGCCUUUUAUAGAUAUACUGUACAUUUUAAAAGUGUCUUGUAAAUGACUAUUAUAUAUUUACACAAGUGUUACUA